AUGUGGUUGUUUAACUCUUUUAAAAAUACACAACCAACAACAACAAUUAAUAAGAAUAUAAUUAAUAAUAAUCAACUUGGUUUACCAGAUUAUAUUGUAAAGAAGAUACUAAGGUGUUUACAACAUUCUAUUGCACCAUGUUUACAUGACUCAUUAGAGGAUAAUGGUGGAGAUAUUGACUUGAGUCGUAAUGCAUACACUCUUUAUGAUGGUAGAAUGAAUGUACACUCUAUAUUACAUUUGUCGUUGGUGUGUAGUUAUUGGUUUAGAAUCAUCAUACCAUCGUCGAUGGAUAGAUACACCUAUGUCCUUCCAUCAAUAGCCGUUCAAGAACAAGACCACAUCAAACUAUUUGGAAAGAAUGUAAUUGCCAGAUACAAAAGAUCACCUCUACAACAAUUUAAUCAAUCGCUACAACAGUAUCUAAGAAAUAAUAAUAUUGUCAUUGAUAGUGGUAACAACAGUGGAAACAAGGUAGAAUCAUUAAAGAUAUACAUUUCACUUGAAUACCGUCAGAGUAUGGAUACACCACCACUUAGUGUCAACUCUAUCAUGAAUUAUGAUGCAUCGGUGGCUGCGUUGUCUGUGAAUCUACGUCGGUUGACAUUGUAUAAUAUCGAGUUUAACGAUACGCUGUUAAACUUGUCAAAGUGCACGAGGUUGGAGAGACUGGUGAUCUAUCCAGUCGGAGUGUGGCGUGCAAACUAUAGUGACAUCUUGCUUGCACUAUUAAAGCAGACACCAACACUGACAGACUUGGCUAUUAAAUGUAGAUCGACCGAAAUGACAGCACAAUGCGAUAAAGAUACAUCGGCAUUGGGUCAGCUUCAAAAGUUUACAUUUAUAGGGUCGCCGACCGAUCAGUUGAGAGGAUUGAUGACACCUUGUGCAUUCAAGUCAAUGUCCAACUUGGUUGAUUUGAAACUAAAGUUUAAUGGACUGAUUGCAUUUAAUUCAAGACUACGACCAUCGGCAAUGAUACAGGCUAUCCCAUCACUUGCUAAAAUGGAGCGUCUUCAUUUGGAGAACUUUAUCAGUCCGGCCGAGACAGAUACAAAUAUAGAAGAGAGUGUGUCUUCUGCACAGGGAUUCACGUAUCUGCCAUGGCAUGCGUUGAGUAGUCUCACACACCUCUAUAUUGAGAGACUGCUUGGCACAUAUACUCGUCGCCAGGUCAACCAUCUGCUACAUGAUGUGCGCCAUAUCACGACGUUGCAGUCGCUUGCCAUCAAGUCAAUCGAGAUGAUUCACCCUCCAACACUCAUCUCUACACUCGAUGCACUUCCAUACCUCACCUACUUUAAAUACGCGACUACUCCAAGAAUGGACUGUGAACAAGAAUCUGGUACAAUGAUCGUCCACUCAUCCGACACUUCAAUUAGUCUUGCUAUCCUGCAGUACCUUGAAACCAACCAAACCAUCCAACGAUUCUCGUUUACAUUGGACAAUGAAUACGGUCCGUCAGUAUACCCCUUUAGGGCAUUAUUCAAUCACUAUCAAGACAAUAGUACCAGUCAGUUACACAAGAGUAACUAUUACAUUUCCGAUGAAUUUACUCAACUAGAAUGUAAAGUCAAAGACCUACAAAAUGGUCUAACCAAUCUAAUCAAAAACUCUGAAUCUAUGCAACGCAUAUCAUUGUCUUCAAACAUUGGUAGAAUAUCAUCGGAAGAUCUAGAAGUAGAUAGACAAAAGCUUGGAACCAAUUUAGAAUUAUUAUCUCCUCAAUUUUUGAAUACCCUAGUUCGUCUCAUCGAUUGCAAUCUCUCCUCUGAUUCAAAGGUUAAUCCAAGAUCAAAAUUACAAUUUAUUAAAAUUGAUAAAUGUUUAACUUUUAAUCAUAAUCAUGAUGAUGAUGAAGAUAAAGACAACAACAACAAUAUUAAUAAUAAUAAUAAUAUUAAAAAUAAUCGUAAAAAUUAUAACAAUAAUAAUAAUCAAAAGAUCAAACUAGUACCAAAGAAAAAAGUACACAAAUCCAACAACUUUUGGAAAUGGGAGAUGAAAAGAAUAGUAAAAGAGGAUGCUAAUCAAUUUAAAAGAAUUGGUCCACAUCAUCAAGAUGUUCAAUUCAUUGCCCAAGCUCAAAUAUUGAGUAAUCUCUUAGUUAAUUCAUUGUAUAUAUCAAAUAAUACAAAUGAAGAAGAAGCUGUGGGUCAAAAGAUGACAAACAACAACAACAUCAACAAGUCCAUUCAACCUAUUCAAAACAAUCAAGUCAAUGUACCUGAUUACAUUUUAAAAUAUAUAAUAUCUUUAUUACAACAACCAUCAACAACAUGUUCUAACAACAACAACAACAACAACUCGAGUGAACAUCUUGUGUCUCUUACUCCUCCUCCUCUUAAAAAGUUUAAUCAAUAUGUUAAUUAUUUGUAUUUGUCAUUGGUUUGUUCAUAUUGGUUUAGAUAUAUUAUACCUGUAUCGGUCAAGUCGUUUAGAUAUAUCAUCCCAAAUACAUCGGUAUCGUAUUUGGUGGGCAAAGUAGGCCUGAGAUACCCAAAAUCACCUUUAACAUUAUUCAAUCAAUCGUUGCAACUCUACACAAACAAUCAUAAAAAUAAUAAUAAUAAUAACAAAUAUACAAGCAAUCAAAUUGAAAGAUUAAAGGUAUUUGUUGAAUGUGAGGAUAUUAAAUUACCAAUGUCACUGGAACCAAUAUUACACCCAUCCUCAUCACUGGAUGCUGUAUCACAUAGUCUGCGUCGUUUGACACUCUAUAAUGACCUUGCAAUCAAGUGUACUUCGAUUGAUCGUGUUGAAGCAACCUAUGACAAACGACAUAUUGCAUCACUUGGACACUUGAAAAAGUUUACCUAUGUUGGAUCACCGAGUGAUAUGAUGGCCGGUGUCUUAUCGGAAAGACAUCUUGACCAAUUGACAGACCUCACCAUCAAGAUUAAUAGAGGUGUCUACCCAGUCUCUAAUCAAUGGUCAUUGGUUCUAGCCAACAAAGAACAAUUAAAGACACUCCGUCUAUGUCAUUGGGUUGUACUUGAUCAAGAGAGAGAUGCACUCAAAUUAACUAAAUCGUCACUAUCUACACUCACCUCACUCCAUAUCAACAGUCUCUUUCCGGGAUACACCCAAUCAAGUGUCAAUCACCUUUUAUCAAAUAUUCAAAUGUUAAAGUCUCUAUCUUUUCUUGCUAUUAAAUCAAUUAGAUAUAUAGACUCUGACAACCUCAUCACCACCAUUGAUUCAUUGUCACCACAACUAUCACAUUUUAAAUUUGAAACUACACCAUUAUUCGAUCAAGAAGGAGAUCAAAGAAUAGAAUCCAAUAAUAAUAAUAAUAAUCAUAAAAUCAAAAGAUUCACAUUUACAUUGGAAAAGGAUGUGAUAGAAGAAAUACGCCCAUCUCAACUACAACUAGAACAACAAAAUCAAAAAUAUGAAAUUACAUUUCAAGCGAUCUGUCAAUCUAUAUCAUUAUUGAUUAUAAACUCACAAUCGAUAAGAGAAUUGACAAUCAAUUCAAAAUAUCCAAAUGCUAAUUUUAAAGAUAGUCAAUCAAUUAGAGACCUAUUAUCAUCAUCAUCACCAUCGUUUGUCAAUGAUCCACCCAAACAACAAUUAUCUAUUAUUAAAUUUGAUAAAUCAAUUAUGGUAUCGCUACAUCAAACUACUGGUUUGAAUAUGCAAGUAUCUGUAGUUCCAAUUAACAAAAUACCAUCAGAUGAUGAUUGGAAAUUAAAAAUACAAGGAUCAAUCAAGGUCUAUGCUCCCUAUUCAAAAUAUCAUCAUAUUCAAAACAAUCAAACAUGUCUACCAAAUUUGAUAUUAAAGAAUAUCCUAGAACUACUUCAAUACUCGUCAUCAUGUAACUUGACAACACCAACAACAACAACAACAACAUCAUCUAGAUCAGCAUCUGAUGAGAUAAAGGAUAACCGAUCGUAUAUACAUAUAUUCAAUGAAAGAUCAAACUAUCUAAUGAUAGGGAUGGUGUGUUCUUAUUGGUUUAAACAAAUCAUUCCAACAUCUAUCAGAUCGAUUAGAUAUCGUGUACCUAUUUGCACCGAUCAAGAUACAUCAGCUAUGACAUUAUUUGGAAAAAAGUUUAUCACUAAAUACAAAAGAUCACCUUUACAACUAUACCUUCAAUCAUUACAAUCACAUUUUAAUAUUACAACUAAUCAAAAUAAUGAUAAUCAAAAUAAUAAUGAUCAUCAAAAUAACUGUAAUAAUAAUAUAUUUAAUAAUCUUGAAUCUGUAAAGAUAUAUAUUCCAACACAUCGUAAUACAAAUAUUAAAGUUGAACAAUAUUUAAAUAGUUUGGAUGCUAUUAUGGAUAUAAAGUCAUCGUUGGGGUCAAUGAUGAAUAUCGGUCGUCUCACUCUAUACAAUGUAGAUUUAAAUGAGAUGAUUUGGAAUCUAUCACAUUGUCAUCGUCUAGAAAGAUUGGUCAUCUAUCCAAUGGGUACUAGAUGGACUGCACAACAUAAUCAUAUCCUCAUGACUCUACUCUUGAAAACACCAUCCAUCCAAGAUUUGGCCAUUAAAUCGUUAAACAUUGAAUUUGGUACUCCAUUGGUUGGUGAUUGUUCUGGGUUGAUGAACAUUGUAAAGUUUACAUAUGUUGGAAGGACACAUCUCUCAGAGUCUGGUCUCGUAUCGAAAAAGACAUUUUCACAACUUGGUAACUUGGAGCAUCUCAAAAUCAAGUUAAACACAUCACCUCAAAAUGGGUAUCCGUCGUGGUUGGAAGUACUACCAUCAAAGUCGAAAUUAAAGAGUCUUUACUUGAGUCAUUUCCUCAACCCCGAAACCACAAGUCUAGAGGGAUUCACAAAUCUUACCAGGUUAUACAUUGACAGAGACGGAUCGCCAGGAGGAGGAGGAGAAUCAUUAGCAUCAACACCGCAACGGGUGUUUGAUCAAAUUGCAAUCGAUUAUCAAACUCUGAUAAGUGUCAUCGAUUCAUUGCCACUGUUGAAUCACCUAAAGUUCUCCGUGUUGGUGCCAAAUUCGAUUUUUUUUAGUCCAAACAACCCGGAACUCCUCAUGAAAUACCUCGAAACCAACCAUACCAUCAAACGAUUCUCGUACUCUUUGGAAGCUGAAGAUUCAGUCAGCAGACAGCAUCCCUCCAUGGUAGAGUACCACGACAACGUCGACAAUGGAAUAGAACACUUACUUGACUAUACCAAAAGCAAUGCGAAGCUAAUCGAAAGGGCAAUUGCUAAAUCGCAACAGUGCUUGCUUUCUUUGAUUCAAAAUUCUGAAACAUUGGAAACUAUAUCAUUUUCAUCAUUGGUUGAUUCAUUGGAAAAGAAGAAUAAUACUAUUAAUGAUAGAAUUGUAACAAAAGAAUUCAUGUCCAAGGUUUUGAAUGCAAAAAAGAAUCCAAAGUCUUGUUUAUCAUUAAUUAAAGUCGAUAGUUGCCUCUCUAUCAUUGACAAUGAUGAUCAUAACAAAAACAAUCAAGUCAUUUCUAUUUGUCCAAAGAAGAGAAUUCACCAUCUCAACGACCAAUAUAGAUGGGAGAUGGAAAAGACAUUAAAACAAAAUAUUAAUCAUUUUAAAAAACACAUGGAACUGGAACUUAUAGAACAGAUGUUACAAGAAAUCUCUCUAUCUGCAGUAGAAAUGGUUUAG